UCCGUCAGUUUAUCUGACGCUGACAGUUGACACAUGAUUUGGUUGUUUGUACUUGCCGCUUGCUUUCCGUUAUAACCUAAACAAUUGACCGCCUAGAGGAGAAAUAAUACAAAUAAAAAUCGUUAUUUUGUAGAUAAUAUAUACCGUCGCAGUCCCUAACCAGUAAAAGUUCUAUCGUGUUAUAAUUGUAAUAGUGGUUCACUAUGGAGUUCUUAGAGGCAAUGCCAGUUACUUUCAAGGAAAUUACUCCUAACUAUAAUUUACCUGAAAAAUGGAAAGAAAUCAUAUUAAACACAGGUGGUACCCACAGCACCUUGCAAGAUAUCAAACUGCCUCAGAAAGCUGGUGGCUACUGGUACAAAGAUUCCAAGAAGAUUUGCACUCGUAAUAGGUUUAUUUAUUGGCAAACAACAUCAGAUGCAAUUGAGUUAUCAGAAGCUUCAUUAGAUAUUAAUCUGACAUCUUGCAAUUUAAGAUGCAAAGUAGCUCCAGGCACUCCACCAUUGAGCAACAUCACUGUGUAUGAGAGAAGUGCAUCUAGAGAUGUAGUUAUAUUGGCUGCCACUGUGUCUUCUGUGCACAGACUGAUAUUUCCUCAUCCUGGGACCUUAGACAAAAAGUCUUCAUUUGGAUCAACGAGCAGUACAUCACCAUCAAUAUUUCAUGAUACAAGUUCUAUAAAUAACCCAAACAACUAUUGCAUUCUCAAUCAGUAUUCCAAUGCAACUACAGGUGUUGCUCAUACUUGUGCAUCCCUGUUACGUGAUAAUGGUGAGGCCGUGUUUGCCCUAGCUUUUGGACAUAGUGGAGAAGGAGGUUUGUUGCUUGUCAAACUCCCAGUUACUGGGUCAGCUGUCACCACAUUAUUGAAACGGGAAUCUACUGUGCCAAGGUUUCUAUCAGGCAUCACAGGAGCUUUGAGGGGCAAAAGUACGUCAGAUGGUGUUGAAACCUAUGGAGUAGUGCUUACCAGUGGAUUAGCAGUGGCAAUAUGUGGCGACGCUUGCCUUCGCGCGUGGCCAUUGGACGAGGGUGGGGCACCUAUUGCGGUGUCCACACCUCUUUCACAAACUUUGGUCAGACCAAAACCACCUCCUCAUGGCCACAUGUUACAAAAAACCGUUGGAUCAGAUGGAAGUGUGAUAUUGGUAGCAUACUUGUCAUUUCCUAAUGAAUGUGAGUUUGUUGUUAUGAAAAUGCAUGAUGGAGGCUCUGGAGGUGUAAGAUUCUCUCAUAUUAGUCGCAUAUUCGGGCCUCAGUUGGAUCUUCUUGAUUAUGCAAUUGGUUAUGGAGAUGGAAGCAAUGUCAUUUGGGCACUUUGGAGUCAACCAGACGGCGAUACUAUUAUAACUAGUGUGUUAGUGGGUGCGGAGGCGUCGUGGCGCGCGGUGGCGGGGCGCGAGGCGGCGGCCGCACUGCCGACGCUGGGCUCCAACCAACAGUACCGCGACCGACUCAUGGCGCCCGGUCUCUUCCCACCUGCCGUCAUCAGGAAAGCACUUGUGAUCUACAACCGCACAUGGGGCGGUACCGACCCUAGCGGUGAGGGCGAGCUGGGAGACGCCGCUAUGAACGCAGUGCAAUCUCGUCUGCGACACCUCACUGCAAGGACGGCUACGCCAGACCACGCCCACCUCAUGCAUAAGUGCUGGUCAGAUUUGUACAGCUGGUGUUUACAAUAUAUGGAGAGUUUACAGAAGCCACUUGGACUUAUGGUAUCAAAAGAAGAGUCUGAUGUUGAAUGCGGCUGGUGGUGUGCCGUGGUCCGUCGGGCUGGUAUAUCGUUAAUCUGCGAACUGGAACCCCUUGAAAGAAUGAUGCUGUCGCCAGAUGUGCCACUGCUUGAUGGAAACGAGCGUUCGUGGGGCGAGCUGUCGGUGGACGCGGUGCGCGUGGUGGUGGCGGGUGCGCGAUGGGAGCGCGGCGCGGAGGGCGCGGCGGGGGAGCUCGAGCGCCGCCUCUUCGCCGCCGCCGCGCCGCAGCACCGGCUGCUGCCGCGCCUGCUGCAUCUACUGCUCGCGCCGCAGACCGCUGAACAUGAUGCCACCGCGCUCACAUUAACACCACAGCAAAUAGACGACCUCACUUCCAUCUUAGAACCAAUCAAAGACUUACAGAGUGCCGUGCUCGAACUAAACGAUGCUCUUAGGCUGGAUGUGCCUGAAAUUGAUACAACCAAAAAUGACGAUGAAGAUUCAGGUGAAUAUGAUGGUCUAUUGGCCAGUGAUCUCGGUGUUGCUAUAGUUACCGAGGCUAUACGACAGAUGGCUGAGAUGAGAUGCCGCGUGGUGCGCGGCGCGCUGUGUGCGCUGGGCGCGUGGCGCGGCGCGGGCGGCGUGCCGGGCGCCGGCCACUGCGCCGUGCACUGGCAGGCCUACCGCGCCCUGCUCUGGCUGAGGGCCGCCGCGCUGGCGCCGCAAGCGGCGGGACCUUCGGAAACAUUCCGGCUGAAGCUGAGCGCGCUGGGGGCGGAGGCGCGCGGCGUGGGCGGCGGCGGCGCGCUGGUGUGGAGCUACGUGCGCGGCGCGGGGGGCGGCCGCGCGCGCCUCCACCUCCGCGCCGCGCGCGCCCCCACCACCUGGCACCAAGCGCUGCCACUACUCGCCUACCAUCUCGCACACCAACUCUGGGCUGUAAGUGGAGGAUUUGAGUUCAGUUGGUGGCUGGCCACCAUCGACCAGCCUCGCUUGGUACAGAGCUACGUCAACAUGUUGGAGCCUUGGUGUGAAUGGAAUGCAUGCUCACGUCAGUUUAUCCUGGGCUUGGCUCUGCUGGACUUGGAUGACGCAGAGAACGCGUACACAGCGUUUUGCAAGGCAGCUAAGGGAGUGAGCACGGAACCGUUCCUGCGACAGCUGGUAGCCGCGCCCGACGCACGCCUCACGCAACAUCAGGCCCUCGUACUCUAUUACAUGAAGGUUAUAAAACUGUUCGAGAUACACGACGCAGGAGCAUGUGUCGUCCGUCUUGCAGAGACUGCUAUCAGCAUUGCCGAUAAGGAUGAUCCUAACCUGGCGAUGUUCCAGUGGGUGGUGUUCAAGUGGCACCUGUCGGGGGGCCGCACGGCGCGCGCGCUGUCUGCGGCGGCCGCCAACCCCGCGCCCCACGCGCGCCACGCCGCCGCCGCCACGCUGCUCACCACGCUCGCAUCUCGUCGCGAGUUGGGCGCGCUAGUGUCGUGCUCAGCGCUGGCUGGGGACGCAGAGCGCGCCGCGGCCGCCCGGGCCAAGCUACACGAUGCGCACGCGCAUAACCCAUACUACGACUUCUUGUAUGCGCUGCAUGUUUCACGACAUCAUUACAGAAAAGCGGCGGGCGUGAUGUACGAGCGCGCGGCACGGUGCGGCGCGGAGAGGUCGCUGGGCGCGGCGCGCGUCCGGCGCCGCUGUCUGGCCGCCGCGCUCGUCUGUCUGCGACUCGCGCAGCCCGACCACGCCUUCCUCGCGCGCCCCGCUGACUCGGGGAAAUUGCUGCAGGUUAUUGGUCCGGAGGAAUUGGCCGCCGAGUUAAAAGAAGAAGACACCGAAUCCUUGGAUCCCGUGCAACAAGCGUUACUCCGAGGCGAUAACAUCGACUUCGACACGUUAUACCCAAAAUUGAAAGACGCCGAUCCAGAAACACUGCUUUCAGUGCUAAAGAGAGCUAUUAGUACUGGCCAGUUCCUACCACACUGGUUCCUACAAACAUAUUUGGAGAAAGACGGCGCGGGCAUGGUCCGCGCGCUGCUGGGCGGGGGCCGCGCGGGCGAGGCGGGCGCGGCGUGCUGCGCCGCGCUGCGCCGCGCGCUGCACGUGCUGCUGCCGCGCUGCCCGGCCGCGCCGCGCGCCGCGCCGCUCGCGCUCGCAGACAUGCUCCUCGCGGAGCUCGCGCACCACACACACGACGCCUACAUACAACAGGUUUACAACGAGUUAGAUGGAUUGGUCAAAGAAUAUACUAAAGUUGUUAUUAGAAUUUCCGAUGAUAUGAAACAGGCGCGACUGGAGCACGCCGUUAAUUAGCAUGUAAUGUUCAUACUGUAUUCAAUAAAACACAUUAUUUUUAACAGACUUGUUUUAUUAAUAAAAAAUAAAUAAAACCAUUGUAAUCCGUCACCUCCUUUAAAAGCAACUUAACAAAUAUCUUACACCAUUGAAUAAUAUUUACUGAUCACAAAUAGGGUAACUAACAACAACACACCUAGGCUUGAAGACAUGUCAUAGAAUGUCACAAACUUCGUAUUUAUUCUUCAAAGUAUCGCGAAAUGCCUUUUGUAAUAAAUUAUCGGAACGCCAUUUACAUAAGCAUUAGGGCCAUGGUGGUGUGUGACGCAAUGCUAUAUAUACGUCACUGCCAUUAUUUUUGCAACAAUGUUUAACUUAAUGAGCAAAUAGUAAAAUACCUAUAAAAGCUUUAUGUUGCCUUGACUUAUUCACACAGUCAAAAAAAUAAUUUACUUCUUGGAAAUCUUUCUGUACAUCCUAUUUAUAAAUAAACUAUCACAUAAUACGU